CAACAUUUUUGUUGCAGUCAUCGCUCCGUGGCGCCGUCACAACUCGAUGGCUUUUACUCCUUAAAUCAAUGCUUAUUAUCAACACUGUUAACUGCCGACGAUUGCCGAGUUUUCUCGAAGACUGUCGAAGCAUGCCCACUUGCACGUGGUACUCUAAACAUUAACCCGAGAAUGAAGUACGUUUCUCGUUUGCGCUUCUGCAAUAGGCUAAUGCAAGUCUGUUUGAAAUGGUCCAGCUGUUCACGACGUGACCCUACCCUAGUGGGGGGUAGCGGCUGUGGGUUUUACCUCCCUAGCAGAAGAUUCAGUGACGAGUCCGCUAGUGCAUGUCGUGACCUCUCGGGUAAGACCGCCCUUGUAACCGGGUCUACAUCCGGCAUCGGACUCGGAGUGGCGGAGACGUUAGCUGAACGAGGCUGUGACGUCAUCGUGAACGGUCUAGGAGACCGACAUCAGAUACAAGCAAUUCAGGACAACAUCAACAGGAAACAUGGCGUAAGAUGCCAUUUCGUUGAUGCAGAUCUGAGUCUGGAAUCUGAGGUGACCCGCAUGUGUAACGAAGUGGCAAGAGAAUUUCCGAACGGUGUAGACGUGUUGGUGAAUAAUGCUGGACUACAGCAUGUUUGUCCUGUAGAGGACUUUCCUGUAGAGAAGUGGAAUUUACUUGUCGCCGUCAUGCUUUCCGCUCCGUUUCACCUCAUCCGAUCAUUCCUACCUGGAAUGAAAACCAAAGGGUGGGGCAGGAUAAUCAACGUAGCGUCUGUGCACGGGCUAGUAGCCUCUCCCCAGAAAUCCGCUUAUUGUGCUGCUAAACACGGUGUCGUGGGGCUGACCAAGGCAGUAGGACUGGAAACGAUAACUGCAGAGAUUUGUGUUGUAGUUGCUCAGGGUCAGAUAAGGACAGUUAGUGAACGGGACAACGUCUCAUUUCCGGACGCUAAGCUACGCUUGCUGGAAACAUUUCAACCCACCAAAGAAUUUGUGGACGUUUCUCAAAUCGCAGAUUUAAUCCACUUCCUGUGCACGCGCUCAGCUGACCAGAUUACCGGCUCAGCCUUCACCAUUGACGGCGGCUGGACAGCGCGUUGACCUUCAGCUGACUUUCAUAUGACCAUAAUAAGCACGAUUCGGAAAGAUGUACAUCUCAUGUAACGUUUGCCCCGUAGUUCUUCGUUGACGUCCGCUUCCAGGUUGCUUUUUGGAGACCUGUUAGAUUGGCAGAUGCUAUUUAGAAAGUGAUUUUAACCAUCAUUGUCACCGUUAUUAGGGAUUACCGAGAUUCUAGAGGAACUUAAUUGACAGUAGAUUUCCCGGGUUCUGUCCGGUCUCCUCCAACCAUAAUGCUGGCCGCCGUCGUAUAAGUGAAAGUAUACGAGUUCUUAGUACAGAGCAAUCGUCCUGCCCAACAGAGUUUACCCAAAACAGAUAGCUGACUGGCAGACUUUACUGAGCACAUGCAUUAUACUCCACUCCUGUCCUUAGACGACAUGAUCGUCCGUCAGUUGAAGCUGUGUCCCUUCUGAUCAGUAGAGGGGUAAUGCAUGUCUGUUGUAAAUCCUGUUAGUGUCUUCCUCCAUAGCCUAACGGUCAUUGUCUCAAUGCAAUGCAAUGACCCAGGUGCCUUCCACCAAUGGGGAACGGACAAAAGCGCAGGUGGACAAACACCACGCGGACAAACACCCUGGAGGACAAAACCCCGAGCGAACAUAAGCCCCUCGAUGAAUAUUAAGUGUGUAUGGUAAAUGACAUACGUUGUUUGCUUGUUUGAGAAAACUUCUCCCUGAAGUGACGUUUCAGAUUUUGAUGCAUGGUAUGCAAGCAAUAGGACCCUUUCGUACUCGUUCAAUCUCCAUGUAUUCUAACCGUUAUUGACGACACUGGAAAGAGCUAACCCCAGAAAACGAAAGAAAGACCUUUCAGAGUGUAUGUUCAAAAACAUGAUGCCAAAAGUCAUUUUUCCUGAUUUCAGGGAAUAAUAUUUAAAUUUUAAUCCACGCAUUGAAUAUAGAAUGCUUCCGAUUUAAUGUUAAGAUCACCGAUUCCUUUUAUUUAUCAUAGGCGGCCAUCUAGCGGAUAUAAAAUAUAUAUAUAAGAUAAUCAGUAACCUAUGAAAAAAACAAUAUUUUAUUUGUGACCUAUAAUAUGAUUUGGUUUAAAUUUCUAAAUAAUCGAAAUGUUUAAAUACAACUGUUACAUUGAACACAUAAAGUUGCACAAGAUGCCUGUAAACCCAUUCGAAAUGCAUAUCUGACGGCAGCCGCGAGGUGAUACUGCGAAUAUACAACAUGCUGAAAUAUUUCAGGCAAAUAAAGUUAGUAUAAUGGACGAAUAAACUUAUAUUUGCUCGAUGAAAAAUAUUCGAUAAUAGUAUUAGAGACAUCACAGACAGUCAUGUUUGGAGAUAUUGUUUUGAAAACGUAUGUGUACAACACUUAUGAGAGGAAAGCUGUUGAACCCGUGUGACAGACUGGGUUACGCUUUGAUGACAAAACCGAGUGACAGACUGGGUUACGCUUUGAUGACAAAACCGAGUGACAGACUGGGGUAAGCUUUGAUGACAAAUUUUCAGAUGGAAAACAAUUCACACUGUAUGAAAUCCCCAUCAACUAAUAUUUAAGAUCAUGUUUCUUAGACUGUCGGAUAUAUUUUGUCGGUUAAUUAAGACGACGGGGCUUCGCCCGCCGAGGUUUUUGUCCGCUGGGCUUCUGUACGUGUGGCUUUCGUCCGCCCGGGCUUCUGUUCGCGGGGCUUUUGUCCGCGGUGCUUCUGUCCGUGGGGCUUGCGUCCUGGAUUCUUCAUUAAUGCGAUCACUGUGAGUUCACGCCCAGACUUCCUCUCCGGAAAGUCAAUUAACAGCCUGCAGACGAUUGUGGAUUUCCUCCGGGGUCUGCCUGGUUUCCUCCCAUCAAAAUGCUGGCUGCCGUCGUAUAAGCGAAAUAUUCUUGGAAACCUCUACGGUGUAAAAAUGCAAAUAAAUUAAUUUUAAAAAAUAAAUCCUGUUGGUCGAUUGGUUCAAAACCCGAAGCCGUUUUAUAAGCGCACAGAACAUGACCUGACACUUGCUAGAAUCGGUUAUCCAGAAUUUCUACUCCUGUCACGUUGAUGUCACCACGUCUUUAUGGAUGCAUCUGGGCUCAGUUUAACAAAGCGACGUAUGGCAUUUUUUGGCGUACAUUUGUCGUACAGUUGCCCUAUUUGUUCGAUUAUUGUACAUGUAUCACAUCGUUAUGAAACUGGCCACAUGUGUCCGUGUAGAGCUUUUAUCAGAACAUCUCUGCCACCAAUACAUACAUGUUCACAACUGUAAAAAAAUAGUAUACAGUACAAAAUAUAUGAUUUCCUUUAUGAAUGUUGUGUAAAUUACAAGACAACUUUGUAUACAAUUAUGUACAUGUGAACUGUAUUUUAUGCCUGGAAACAGCUGAAUAAAUUAGCGAGUUUAUGAC